GGUGGAGCAGUAUAAAUAUCUGGCCGCUCUCCAAACCCAAAAAGGGGAGAGAAGUUGCGGUUCGACUUGGCUUGGAUCGUAACGUUCGAAAAUUCGCACCUCCAGACCGGCCAGUUCGUCGUAACGUUCGCCUGCGGGGUUCGAGAGCGCGAGGGGAGAGGGGAGGAGGAGGAGGAGGGGGGAUCGAUGGGUGGGUGCUUGUCCGGCGACGUGCGCGGCGGGAUGGAGGCCGUGGGCGGCGGCGGCGGGACGGCGGGGACCGGGAGUGCGGGGCACAGGGGCGGGGGCGGCGGCGGCGGGGCGAACGAUGCGGUGGACUACUUCUUCAACGCCGCUGGACUGCGCGGGCUCUACUCGCCUCUCGAGCUAUCUUUUUCAGCAUCAAAGUUGCGGAAUAUGGAUGCUCUUUCCAAGAGUGAUCCAAUGUUGGUUGUCUACAUACAACAAAAGGACAGAAGGCUAGAAGAGAUUGGCCGUACUGAAGUGAUACUGAACUCGCUGGAACCCUCGUGGAUCACAAAGGCUACAAUAAAUUACCAAUUUGAGAUUGUACAGCCACUUGUAUUCAGGAUAUAUGACAUUGACACAAGGUACCAUAACACACCAGUCAAGACGUUGAACUUGGCUCAACAGGAUUUUCUUGGAGAAACAUGCUGCAAUUUGUCAGAGAUUGUCACAAAGUUCAGUCACAGCCUGACAUUGAACCUCCGAAGUAGUCAUGGACAUGCCCUUCAAGGAACACUGACAGUACAUGCUGAAGAAAGCAGUUCCUCAAGGAUGGCAGUUGAUAUGACCCUGCACUGCCUAAACUUGGAAAACAAAGAUUUAUUUUCCAAAAGUGACCCCUUUUUGAGAAUAUCAAGAGUGGUGGAAACUUCUGGUCCCAUUCCUAUCUGUAAAACUGAAGUGAUCAAUGAUAACUUAAACCCUGUUUGGAGGCCUAUAACACUAACUUCACAGCAAUUCGGAAGCAAGGAUAACCCAUUGCUAGUUGAGUGUUUUGAUUUUGAUUCCAGCGGUGACCACGAGCUUAUUGGGGCUUUCCAGACAACUAUCGCUCAACUUGAGAAUCUAUAUAAUUCAAAGUCAGGAGCAAAUUUUUUCAGCCAUAAGGGACAGAGAAAGUUGAAAGGACAAUUGUUUGUGGAUAGGUUCCAGGAAAAAGUUCAACAUACUUUCUUGGACUACAUUUCCAGUGGUUUUGAGCUCAAUUUUAUGGUAGCUGUAGAUUUCACAGCUUCAAAUGGUGAUCCCCGUGCACCUCAGUCUUUGCACUACAUUGACCCCUCUGGCAGACCAAACUCAUACCAGCAGGCGAUACUAGGGGUUGGUGAAGUUUUGCAGUUUUAUGACAAUGAUAGGCGAUUCCCAGCAUGGGGUUUUGGAGCUAAGAUACCACAGGGCUACAUAUCCCACUGUUUUAAUCUUAACACAGCUACGAAUGAUUGUGAGGUCGUAGGAGUUGAAGGCAUCAUGUCAGCAUACUCUUCUACCCUUUACAGUGUCACCCUUGCUGGGCCAACCCUGUUUGGGCCAAUUAUCAACAAAGCUGCAGAGAUUGCCAGCCAAUCCCUUAAAUAUGGAAACAAUAAAUAUUUUGUCUUGCUCACCAUCACGGAUGGAGUUCUCACUGACAUUCAAGAAACAAAAGAUUCUAUUGUGAGAGCUUCCGAUCUGCCACUGUCAAUCCUCAUCGUGGGCGUUGGCAAUGCUGAUUUCAAGCAAAUGGAGAUCCUCGAUGGAGAUAACGGCAAGCGGCUGGAGAGCUCGACCGGCAGGAUCGCGACGCGGGACAUCGUCCAGUUUGUCCCCAUGAGGGAUGUCCAAGGCGGUCAGAUCUCCGUCGUCCAGUCGCUGCUGGAGGAGCUCCCGGGGCAGUUCCUGGCCUACAUGCGCAGCCGGGACAUCAAGCCGCGAGCAGCACCUCUCCACGACGCCUCUCCCGCCGCCGCGCCCGCCGUCUACCCUCCUCCAACCAAGUGAGGCCGCCAUCCCUCCCCUCCACUCCACAGCACUCCUUCCCUUGUGCUUUGGAUGGACAGGGCGUCCAGUCCAAAAACCAUCCCAAAGCUCCCCGCAAAAUCCCCAAUGUACAUUCAUUCUCUCCUGCUUCCAAACCUUAGCCUAGAAUCCUGUCAAAUAUGGGCACGCUCUGCAUUUGUUAGGGUGAUUUUUUUUUUAGCUCCUUUUGGGUUGGGUUCGGUGGUUGUGGUGGUUAUGAGUUGACCGGGGGCGGGCGGUCGAGGGUGGAGGCGGAGGUGGAGGGUGGCACGGGGGGCAUGUGGGUGCUGCACUGGACGCCAGCCUAGAGUUCGUGGGCACGUUAUGGAGCCAAGCGAGCGCCCUCCCCUCUCGAUCGUAUCGUGUCGCGUGUGUGCGUGUUGGUCCUCUUUUGCACAACUGGAAUUUGCUGGACCGGUCGUGUUUCUUUCUUCUUUUGCCGCCGCAGCCGCCGUUUACGUGGCGAUAUAGGAGUGUUUUUUUUUAUAUACUUCCUGUUGUUUCUAGUUCUGGUGUGUGCGCCCUUCUGGCCCGGUCUUUUUUUUUUUUGCGUGAGUACGAUGGAUCCGUUUCAUAUUAGAAGAUUUUUUGUUUUUGUUUGGAUUCAUCAACUUAUCAUGUAUAUGUUUUGUGUAUGUGUCCGUAUUUAUUAGUACACAAAUCAAUAUAGACAAGACCAGAAAAUCUUAUACUAUACAUGGACAAUAUUUUCUUAUACCAUAC